AUGAGCGGACCGCCCUCCCAACCCAGGGCCAGAGCGGCGCCCUCGCGGCGUGUGGAGCGCUACCAGUCCGCGGGCGCCCUGUUUGGCGUGUCCUGGCCCAAGGCCGCCUGGUUCGUGGAGGGCCAGGGCCGCUGGGGCGUGGCCGGCAUGAGCGAGUGCCCCCUGAAGCUGGCCUUCGUCCCCCUGGGGUCCUUCAUACACACGGUUGGUGCGCGGCCUCCCGACGUGUCAGUGAUAACGUACCUGCAGCGCCUCAAGGAGCAGGGCUGGGACGUCACGCGCACGGAGAGGAAGCUGCUGAUGUGCGGCGGGGACGACGCGGCAGCCAUCAUGCCCGCCGCCUCGCCGGCGGAGGGCGGGUCGGCCGGCUCCGGCUGGGGCUCGGACGGCUGGGCGCUCGGCGUGCAGCUUCCCGGCAGCCGCCGCCUGGCGGCCGGGCCCUGGUGGCCCUGCGAGGUGGUGGACCCCUGGCGGCCGCCCAUGGGGUUCCUGUUUUUGUUAGACCACAUGACGGCACUGGACGAGCACGAGCGGCGGAUGUACGUGCCCGGUGACGUCACCAGGGGCGUGGCCAAGGCGGCCGUCUGGAGCGCGGCGGGUUGA